AUGGCACCACCCCAUAGUUGCUUUCGCGGCUGGCAGAACACGAGCCACGUCGCACUUGUGCUGGUGUCCGUGCUGCUCCUGAGCUCGGCACGUCUCUCCGUGGGCGGCGGCAGGAGCCUGCUGGAGCUGUACAAGCCGCCGCCCAGCGCGCUCCUCACGUACCACAACGGCGCCGUGCUGCAGGGGCGCAUCCCGGUGUCCAUCAUCUGGUACGGCCGCUUCACGCCGGCGCAGAAGGCCGUGGUCACCGACUUCCUCCAGUCCCUCACCACCGCCUCGCCGACGGCACCGUCCCCGUCCGUUUCGCAGUGGUGGAACACCAUCAACCAGCUGUACCUGUCCAAGGCGCGGAUGAGCGGCAACCGCGCGCGCUCCGGCGGCAGCGCGCAGGUGGCGCUCGUCGGCCAGGUCAACGACGAAGGGUGCUCGCUGGGGAAGCGCCUCACGCUGUCUCAGCUCCCGCAGCUGGCGGCGCGGGUCGGCGCUAAGAAGGGCGGGAUCGCGCUGGUGCUCACCGCGCAGGACGUGACCGUGGACGGGUUCUGCAUGAGCCGCUGCGGCCUGCACGGCUCCGACGCCAGGGCCGGGACCGCCUACGUCUGGGUCGGCAACUCCGCCACGCAGUGCCCCGGGCAGUGCGCGUGGCCGUUCCACCAGCCGCUGUACGGACCCCAGACGCCGGCGCUCGUGCCGCCUAGCGGCGACGUCGGCAUGGACGGUAUGGUCAUCAACAUCGCCAGCAUGGUCGCCGGCACGGUGACCAACCCGUUCCGCGACGGGUUCUACCAGGGCGAGAAGGACGCACCGCUGGAGGCCGCCACUGCCUGCACAGGGGUCUAUGGCAGCGGCGCCUACCCCGGUUUCGCAGGUAACCUGGCGGUGGACCGCACGACGGGGGCGAGUUACAAUGCCAAUGGUGCGAAUGGGAGGAAGUACCUGCUUCCCGCUCUGUUCGACCCUGCAACCUCUACGUGUUCGACUUUGGUGUAA